CGUCACGUUAUAUAAAGAUCGCCGGGAAUUUCCGUAGAUCACAUUCAGCCACCAAGACUGAACAAUGGUUAACAUGAGCUAUCAGCAAUCUCUUCUGAAAUAUCUACAUACUCCGAAUCCGAGACAGAAUAGAAGGCGAAACAAUAAAAGAAAAAGGAUUUGUUGGGACAAAUUAUCACCGACAACAAUUUGGCAGACUUGAUUAAAAGAGACUUUUAAAAGGUCCUGAGUGUUCGGAGUGGACGAGUUUCUGUGCGUUGCGACUGAGAGGAAGAUGACUGCGGAGUGGCUUCACCUGCCCCCCCCGUACCCCCCGGGAGUGGGGCCGCUGUGUGGUGCAGAGUUGGAGGCGUGGUAUGAAGACCUGCAGGAUAUACUGGGUUCCGACGCGGGCGGGGCCAAGCUGACACGCCCCCCUCCCUGUUCCGAGAAGGAGCCAGAGUUCCUGGACGUCCUGGAGAGCUGUUCUCUGACCUGGCUGACUGACGGAGGACAGGGUUCGUGGGGGGAGGCGGUGGUCCAGAGGGUGACGGAGGAGAGCUCCGCCCCCCACCACGACCACACCUCCUCCUCCUCCUCCUCCAUGAGCCCAGACGAGCUGGAGGGGGAGCGGGCGAGGGAGGGAGAGGCGUCCGGGGGAGACCUCCUCCCCCCGGAGUUCUUUGAGCUUCUGAGCGAGGGGGGCGUUGGCAUGAUGGAGAACGGGGGCGUGGCGGUUGGCGGGGGUUACCAUCACCUCCCCCACCACCACACUCAUCACCACGGUAACGUGCAGCCAGCGUCCCCGUCUUCCGAGGAGGAGUUGCCGUGCGUCCCAGACUCCCCCUCAUGCUCCUCCUCCUCCUGCUCCCAGUCCCCCUCCCACAACUGCUCUCCCCCCUCCUCACCCCCCUCCUCCCCCACGCACUUCUCCUCCCACCUCGGCAAGCGCAAGAGGAGCAGCGCCCCCUCCCCCUUCCCCUCCUCGGGCUCCCGCUCCUCCUCCUCCUCUGUGAAGAAGAGCAGGAAGGAGAGGGAGCAGGAGAACGAGAGGAAGGUGCAGGAGCUGUCGGAGCAGAACGAGCAUCUGAAGGCAGAGAUCGAUCGCCUGGGAGAGGAGGUGCAGCGGACACGCAGAGCUCUGAUAGAGAGACUGGUCAACACCAGGAAGUAAGAGAGAGAGAGACAGAGAGAGAGAGAGAGAGAGAGAGAGAGAGAGAGAGAGAGAGAGAGAGUGGACACGCAGAGCUCUGAUAGAGAGACUGGUCAACACCAGGAAGUAGGAAGAUGGAGAAGAAAGAAACAGAAAGAGAGAACAGAGAGAGGAGAAGCUUAAAGACAGUUCACGAGGAGAUCGUUUGUCUGAAGGGUGUGUUUACCUGGUGAGUUGCAUUGUGGGAAGGGCAGAAGAGACCAAAGACAAGUUUUUUGUUGACGUUUACAGGAUAGAGGAGAGAGUUGGAACGACAGAUGACCGAGUUAAGGAAAAGAGAGAACGAGAUAUGAAAAGAGGGAUGAAAAGAGAGAGAGAGGGAGGGAGAGAAGGAGGACUGCAUCACUGCGGCAGACGAGAGGACCUGUAUGUACAGAAGUAGGCCGGGGAGCCGGGCGGAGCCUCUGAUGACACGUGCUAACGUGCUAACCUGACGUCUGACGAAGACCAGAGGCUCAGAGCACCGGUUAACUGUACCGGUUAGCUCUGGCGGUUAGCGAGAUACGGAACCAGUUAUUGCAUCAUGGGAGGCAGAGCGAGAAGCCGGAAGACAUUUCAUCAUCACCCCUCCCCGCUUCCCUUGCCCCUCCCCCUCUCCUCAUUGGCCGAACCACUAAAACCGAACAUCCUUUUUUAUACCCAGAUGAAAAUGAAGUGUAGUUUGUAAAAUGGGAGUACAGUUAUGCUUGGACCCCGUUCGAUUGGAGGGUUUUGGGAGGAAGGUCUAGGUGAUUCUCAGGAAGGUACGUCAGCACAGGAGAGACAGAAAGAGAGAAUGAAGAUCUAAAAAAAUAUACUUUUUUUUUCUACUUUUCUAGAAGCCAUGACUAGUGUGCCUGUGUGUGUGUGGUUAUACUCAAUGCUGUAGGAUCUUUUUUUUUUUACUAAAUGGAGUUAAGAGGUAGCUGCCUUUCUGUUCACAACGAGCCCUACUCCACUGCUAUUUUCAUAUAAUCCUGUAUUCCUGCCAGCUCUCCUGCCACUGGCCUUCAGUACCCUAAAACACAUUUACUGGUACUCACGCAUGUUUUGUUGUCUUAAAUUACAUAAAACAACUGUAUUUAAUAACUGUAUUUACCUUUUGUAUGUUUAGAACUGUUAUUGUAAUAUAUUCUCACAUUUACAAAAAAAUUGAAAAUAAGAAUAAUAAAAAAAAAGAGGAAUA